CUCUAGGCGGCGCUCCGGAGCUCAUCAGCGCUAAAACAACAACAACAAUAACACUCACCUUCUUUCUUCCUGCAGUCGAGAGAGAAGUUUAAGAAGAAGAAUGCUGGAGCGGUUGAAUUGGUUCCGGAGCGCCGCCGCCAUGUAGCCGAACCGCCGGUCGCGGGCAGGAUGAAAGUCUGAGACGGGAACGGAAAGCGCGUGCUGUGUGUGUGUGUGUGUGUGUGUGUGUUCGGUCGGUCGGUCGGAGGGAAAAACAUGGCUGUGCGGGAGGAAGGCGAGGUUUCUCACGGUAAAGUCAGGCACGACGGCGGCGCGGAGAGCUUCAGGAACGGCUACGUGAAGAGCUGCGUCACGCCGCUGAAGCAGGACCCGCCGCGGGGGCUUUUCUACAGCGCGUGCCGCUCGUGUAGCGACUCGAGCUCCAGCUCGUCCGGGGUCGCGCGCGCCUCCGCCGCCUACGCGGGAGCUCUCGCUGCGCUCGCGGCGUCCUUCUUCCUCUCGCGCCGCUUCCAGAGCGCCGAGCUGCGCGCGCUGCUGUCGGACGCCGUGAGCUCCGUGAGUCCGCUGUUCAGUAUCGGCUGCGCGCACUUCUUCCUCACCUUCUACCUGCGCCGGCGGAAGCGCGAGAGCAGUCGCGGCUGGCUCGUGGCCCUGCCGGUGUCGUGCUACCUGGGGGACUUCGCGGCGCUGCGCUUCCUGCAGUGGGGCUCCGGGGAGCAGGAAGACUCCGCCGCCUCGCAUCACGUGCACACGGCGGGCCGCCUGCUGUUCGUGCUGGGCUGCGUGGGCCUGCUCACCCUGCUGCCCACCCUCAAGCUCCGCCACAGCGUGCUCGUGCUGCUCUUCGCCAGUUGCGCGUGGCUGCUCGCGCACACCGGCCUCAGCUGCGUGGCGUCGUGGUUCAGGCCGCUGAUCGCGUGCGCCGCCGCCGUCACAGGCUCGGUGCUGGGCCUCGGGUUCGACCGCUCGUAUCCGCCGAGGGAGACGGCCAACCGGACAUCCGAGGAGCGCGUGCCGGUGGUGAGGCCGAGGAGGAGAUCCAGCUGUGUGACACUCGGAGAAACUUCCAGUAGCUGCUAUGGCAGCUGGAAAAUGCCGCGCAGACCGUCAUUACCGUGCAUCUCCCGGGAGCAGAUGAUCCUGUGGGACUGGGACCUGAAACAAUGGUCCAAACCUCAGUAUCAGGGUUCAGUGUGGGGAGCAGAUCUGUCAGUGAUUAGUGAUGUGAGGAACCUGAUAUCAGACCUGCUGCAGGACUCGUCUCUGUCUCCACAUGUCAUGUCGUCAUUGCGCAGCGUCAGCAGUUUGAUCAGCAGUGUCUCGGGCUCCUACCGGCCACGCCCCAAUCCAUUCACACCGUUCCCUGGGUUCUACCCCUGUGCUGAGGCAGAGGAUCCGAGUGACCGAGCUGAGAGAAAACCUGUGAAGGGCCUGAGUAGUAGGAACAGCCUGCCGACUCCUCAGCUGAGACGGAGCUCUGCGUCCUCGUCUCCCUCUCCUCUGGAGAUGCUGUCGUCCCCUCGCUGGGAGCGCAGUAAUGGAAAGAGAUCUCACACUGAGCUUAAUCCCGGCAGUCAGGGCUCGUUCUCCAACGGGCCAAACAGCAACCUGUUGACCAUCCCAAAGCAGAGAUCUUCCUCCGUUACGCUCUCCUACGGCCACACCGUGCCCAGAAGACCAGGUGUGUCUCAGAGUCUGAGUCCUCUCACUUCUCCGAGUCAUGGUCCCCUGUCCUGUGUGAGCUCAUCGCUGAUCACUCGCUCUCCGGUGGAGUUUCCUGACACGGCUGACAUCCUCACCAAGCCCAGUGUAAACCUGCACAAAGCCCCAGGGUUUUCGCUCAGCUUGCUCUGCACCAGUUGUGGGCGGCAGAUACUGAAGAGCAGCUCUACCACUGAGGUGGCUGAUGGUCACAUGACCUCAGGGCCUGACAUGCAGAGAAGACGAUCAGCUGAGGAGACGGAAUACAGCGGUGAUGGUUUGAUCAGGGAGGAGAGCGGGGAAGUAGAAGCUCAGGGAGAGGAAGCAGGACCAACUGCAAAAGCUAAAGAACGAGCUGAGCACGAGGAGGAGGCGCGAAACUCGAGUGUGCAGGAGACUCCAUCUCAUUCUGAGGAAUUCAAGUUGGAUCCCCUGCUGGAGGACCAUGAAGCUCUGUUGGAGAAGCUCAACCACUGGAACUUCCAGAUCUUUGACCUGAUGGAAAGGACGGGAGGGAAGUCAGGACGGAUCCUCAGCUACGUGGCCUACACUUUGUUCCAGGACAUGGGUCUGUUUGAAAUCUUCAAAAUCCCCGUCCGGGAGUUCAUGACGUACUUCUGCGCUCUGGAGAACGGCUACCGCGAUAUACCCUAUCAUAAUCGUGUCCAUGCCACAGACGUCCUUCACGCUGUGUGGUAUCUCACCACCAGACCCAUCCCAGGCUUCCAGCAGAUCCAUAAUGAGCAUGUGACAGGAAGUGACACAGACUCCGACAGUGGCAUCUCUCCUGGUCGGGUUUCUUAUGCUUUGUCCAAAAGCUCCUCCAUCUCAGACAAUAAUUACGGCUGCUUGGCCUGGAACGUUCCCGCCCUCGAGCUCAUGGCACUAUAUGUAGCAGCUGCUAUGCACGACUACGAUCACCCAGGUCGCACAAAUGCCUUUCUUGUAGCUACUAAUGCCCCUCAGGCAGUGCUGUACAACGAUCGUUCAGUCCUGGAGAACCAUCAUGCUGCCGCUGCAUGGAGCCUUUUCCUGUCUCAGCCUGAAUUUAACUUCCUGUCCAACCUGGACCAUGUUGAGUUCAAGCGUUUUCGCUUUCUUGUUAUUGAGGCCAUCCUCGCCACAGACCUGAAGAAGCACUUUGAUUUCUUAGGAGAGUUUAACUCCAAGGUUACGGAUGUGAAUAGCCCAGGUAUCGACUGGACUAAUGAGAACGACAGGUUGUUGGUAUGCCAAGUGUGCAUCAAGCUGGCAGAUAUUAAUGGACCAGCAAAAGAGCGCAGACUUCACCUGAAAUGGACAGAGGGCAUUGUGAAUGAGUUUUAUGAACAGGGAGAUGAGGAGGCUCGCCUCGGAUUACCCAUUAGCCCUUUUAUGGACCGCUCUGCACCACAGCUGGCCAAAUUGCAGGAGUCCUUCAUCACGCACAUCGUCGGACCACUGUGCAACUCGUACGAUGCUGCUGGCCUCCUCCCAGGUUACUGGGUCAAUGAGGAAGAAGUGGAUGAAGAAGAUGGAGAGGAGGAAGAUGUUGAAGACACAGAGUCUGAUGAUGAAGACCUUGACGAAGAGCUUCAGUUAAAGCCGAGGAAAAGCCGCCAGCGUCUGUUCUGCAGCAUUAUGCAGCACCUGACUGAAAACCACACAGCGUGGAAGCAGAUCAUCGAGGAAGAGGAGAAGAACUGUGACCUGGGCCUUCAGCAGCAGCAAGAGCAGCAGCAGGCAGACAUGUUGAGCCUUCCUCCUCCCUCCUCAGCCUCAGAUGACAUUCAGGUCAUUGAGGAGGAGGCUGAAGAGGAGGAGCGGCAGCAAUAGGGGGGAUUAAGUUGAGCCAAUUGGCUGAGAAAAAGAACUAGGGGAGGAGCCUGAAGCAAACAGUUGACUCUUUGCUCUUUCCUCUCCUCCACCAGAACACAGACACACAGUUCAAACUGACACCAGACGAUUCUGCCAGAUCUCCUGUGCUGAAAUGAAUCACUGUGACGCAAAUGCAGUUCACAUGAUGUUGAAGAAAAAAAAACUAAAAAAAAAAGGCCUUACUACUGUGAGAGCAUCCUAUGCACUUUCACCCCAUGGAGAAUGAGAAAAAGGGUUGAAAAAAGACGAAAUGAAAUAAUGAAUGAAAUUCUCCAUGGUUAUUUGGCUGUGAUGCUGCCUUGAAAAAAUAGAGCUCUUAACUCUCCUGUAGGUACUUAUUACAAUUAUUAAAAAAGUUUAAAAGAAAAAAAAAACCAGAAUGGCAGAAGACUUUCAAGUCAUCACUUGUUACCAAAGCAAGCAGUUAACAACAAAUGAGGCUGAGGCUUUACUAGGCUCAGUGUCAGGAAUACUCUAAAAGCAUAAAUCAAACGUGCCUGUCUGACCCCUUUUUUUUCUCCCCCCCUUGCUUUGGGGUGUUUUUUUUUUUUUGUGGUCCUGGUGAUGGACUCUGACCCUCAUCACGACAUGUGCAGUUUCCUCCUCAUGCUGGCGACACGAAAACACUGUAUCAUUAUUAUUGAACUCAGCCACUAGGACUUUAACAUGGAAAUGCUGACAGUCUGACUGAAAAAACAUGAAUAUUUACUUUUGCAUCAUUUUCGGAUGCUUUUUUUUUUUUUACACUCACCUGCAUUUUAGGUUUUUUUUGUUAUUCAUUUUUGUGUGUUCAUGAGGGUUUUUUUUCUUUCCUCCUCAGGAAUGCAAAGUUGCCAUUUGUUUUUCCUCUUGUGAACUGUUAAGAGCAUUAUGUAUGGAACAGAGAAGAAACCCUGUUCUAAUGAAGGGAUCUUACUUAUUUUAUUUCUUUUAUAACUCACUCACUCGCGCACACACAAAAUGGCCUCUAUGAUUAUUGGCACCUCUUUAAUUGAAAUAAAUUUAUUCAGAGAAAAGCAAAUUCCUCAUCAAGAAAUAAUUAUUUUCAAUAAAAACAUGUCUUUAUUAUUGGCCCCCCUGCAUUUAAUACUCUGUCCAAUCUUCUUUACCAGUAAAACAGCACUGAGUCUCUCCUGUAACAGUUUAAAAGGUUGGAGAUCCAGAGCGGGGCAUUGAGCCCAUUCCUCUUUCCACAAUCUCUCCAGAUCAUCCAGGGUCCUCGACCCUCUCUUGUGCUCUCUCUCCUCUUCAGCUCCGCCCACAGGUUUUCAGUGGGGUUCAGCUCAGGGGACUGAGAUGUUCAGGGCAGAAGCACGAUUCUGUACUCAGUGAACCAUUUUAGUGUUGAUCUGGACAGAUGCUUUGGAUCACUGUUCUGCUGGAAGAUCCAACAACGACCCAGUUUUAGCUUCCUGUCAGAGGAGCCAGAUUCUGAUUUAAAAUGUCCUGGUGUUUUAUGGAGUCCGUGAUGCCAUAGACCCUAACAAGGUUUCAGGGCCUUUGGAGGGAAAACGGCCCCAAAACAUCACAGAACCUCCACCAUAUUUUACAGUUGGGAUCGGGUUCUUUUCAUUAUAGCCAUCCUUCUUUUUACUCCAAACCCACCGCGAGUGUUUGUUGCCAAAAAGCUCCAUUUUUGUUCCAUCAGACCAGAGAACACGGUUCCAGUCAAAGUUGUCGUAGUGUUUCACAAACUUCAGGUGCUUACAUUUGUGGUUAACUGAUAGAAAAGGCUUUUUUCUGGAACCUUCCAAAUAAUCUGUUGGCAUGGAGGUGGAGUCUGAUGGUGGUUUUGGAGACUCGGAAACCCCAAGAUUUUAUUUUUUCUUGUAAUUCACCAACAGUGACCCUUGGGGAUUUUUUGCCUCUCUUACCCUCCUCACUGUCUGUGGGGUAAAAUAAACUCGGCUCCUCUUCCAGGUGAGUGUGGAACAGUUCCAGUUGGCGUCCACUUUAUUUUUGCCCUAACAGUAGAAAUGGAUAUUUUCAGGUGUGGAAAUUGUUUUUUUUUUUAUCCCCAUUCCCUGACUUAUGAAAGUCAACACACUUCUCCCUCAUGUGGUUUGUGUGUCUCUUUCAUGUUUCCCAUGUUGAUGUUGAGGGAAUUUGGCCUCUGUGUCGCCUCAUAUUCGUUCCCCAGUUAAUCAGGAAGUUAUGGAUUACAGCUUGAAAGUUCCUACACACUCCAAUCAACUCAAACAUGUCCAAUUUAAAUGGAAACAUGCUUCAAGUGCAGUGUGUUCACCCUCAUUUCCUGGGGGCAAUAAUAGUGGCGCGUGGUUUAUUUUUUUUUUUGGUUUGUUUGUUUUUUAAAUAUUUCUUGAUGAGGGGUUUGUUUUUCUCUGAAUAAAUAUAUUUCAAUUAAAGGCUGGAAUUUUCUCAUUUUGUCCAGUGUGAGAUGAAGCGACUUCACCAAAAGGUGGAUUCCCCCCCCCCCCUCCUUUUUUUUUUUUUAAACUAAUUUUCCCAAGGGGUACCAAUAAUUCUGGAGGGCACUGUGUAAUGUGUAAUAUAUUAGUGUGUCCAUAAAUAUUUGGGCAUUGACAGUUAUUGUUAACACAUUUCUGUCCACCACAGAAAUUAAAUAUUGAAUAUGAGCUCCAAGUGCAGACUUUAAUUCGAGGGAAUUUGCAUUGAAAUUGGGUGAAUGAAUGGUUUAGGAAUUCUCUCACUUUUUAUGGGACCAAAAGUAAUUGGACAAACCCACAAGUAAUUGUUACUUUUAAUACUCUGUUAUUAAUGCUUUGCAGUGAAUGACUGCCUGAAGUCUGGAACUUGUACACAUCACCAGAUGCUGGGUUUCUUCUUCAGUGUUGAUCUGCCAGAUUCACUGCAGCUGACUUCACUUCCAGGUGUUUUUUUUUUUUUACACUGGGGUGUUUUUCCUUCACUUUUGUCUUUUGCACAUUCAGUUGGAUGACGCUCAGGUGAUUGACUUGGCCAUUGCAGAAUAUUUCACUUCUCUGCCUUUUUUGAAUUGCUUUUUGAAGUACACUUCCACUCAUUGUCCAUCUGCACUGUGAAGCUCCAUCCAGUGAGUUUUUAAGCAUGUGGCUAAAUGUUUGCAGAUAAUAUCACCUUGUACACUUCAGAAUUCAUUCUGUUGCUUUGGUCAGCAGUCACAUCAUCAGGAACUAGAGAUCCAGUUCCACUGGCAGCUGUAAACCUCCACGCCAUGAGAUGAGGUGGUAUACUCCAAAUGCUACACUUGAAAUAAACUAGCCCUUUUAUCUACUUACUGGUACAUGAAAUAAUUAGGAAAUAACAGAAACUUGGGCAUGGAACAGCUGAGCAAUCAAUUGUCCAAUGGAUUUUGGGGAUGUAUAAGUUUUGGGACAGACAAGUGCUGUAAUUCCAGCACUGUUCACCCGAUUUGGGUGUAAAUUCACUCAAAGCUGGGAGUUUGUGUUUUGAGCUCAUAUUAAUAAUUUAAUUUUAACUCCGGUAUACUGUAGUAGAUAUCCAGGAUAACAAUAACUUGGCCAAUAUACAAAUGCCAAAUACUUAUGGACUUGUCUGUGUAUGGCACACACAUGCUUUUCUUUCUUCAUGGUUUCUCAGGAUUCAUGCUGAAUGACCGUCCUGUUUGAUCAGUUUUUAAAGGAAGUGAUUUCAGGCACCUUGUCAGAAUAUCAGACAAUUUUCAGUUCAGAUGUUGGGAGAAACGUGAGCAUUUGUGGCUUUGUUCUGGUGUGAAGAAGCUUAAAUUCAGUCAGAUAAAAUAUCAUUGCAGAUAGCAAGUACUAUCAGCUCCCACAAACCCAAAGUAUUAUAGUCUGUUUUGAUACAAAACAGAGUCUGAGAAUGUAAUGAAAAUUUUGAACCGUACACAUUCUUUUGUUAAAUCACAACUUUCUUUCUUUCUUUCUUUCUUUCUUUCUUUCUUUCUUUCUUUCUUUCUUUUUAAAGCAAUCUUUGCCAAACAUGCAAGCAGGCCAGUGCACCAAUUUGAAGUGAUCCAGGGUUUCACCUCAAAAAGAAAAGCUGUACACUUUUUUUUUUUAUAUAUUUUCGUAUCCUUCAAAAUAAGGCAGGUUUAAUACUAAUAGCGCUAUAUAUUUUUCUCUACAGCAAGAACUCUAGGCAUUCCACUAGAAUAAAGGGCAGGAAGGGGAGACUGACAUGCUGCUCUCCUCAUUGCAUUUUGUUUGAAGAGGAAAGUUCUCAAGUAGGCAGUGUACACCAAGCUAUAUUUAAAGAAAAAAGAGAUAAAAAAAAAUGAAAUGACCUAUAAAUGUGCACAUUUUACUACCAAACAAGUGUUUAAUCUCUGCACAGAAAGAGUAUCUGCAUAUAUAAUAUAUAUUUUUUAAUUAAUCAACUGAAUGCAUCUGUUUUCUACAUACAGCUGACGUUGUACAUUAAGAAUCUGUAAUUAUCAUCCUGUUUUCAGAGUUUUUAAUCUAAUACUAUUUACGGAUGUGGAUGUUUGGGUGUGGUGUUAUUUUACUAAUAAUUUGGGGUGCAUUGUCUUUGUGUUUCUGUGCAUAACCACUCUGCUGAACCCCCCCCCCCCCCCCCCCCCCCAAAAAAAAAAAAGCUGGAUGCUGUGAGUCAGCUAGAUGCAGUGCCAAACGCCCCCUUGUCUCCUUGUCCUCUUCCCUCUCUCUCUCUCUCAGGCUCUUUGUCAUGCACUUCGGCCUUCGUUAGUUGUGGGAGUUGAAGGUUGUUACCAAGCAACUGUAUAGCAUUUCUUUUUCUCUUUCAUUCUCUCUUUUUCCUGUACAUCUAUCAUCACCAGGAAUCCAGUGUCUUCUGUUCACUUCAGUGCUUUGUGCUGCUUCUUGUUCCUGUCCGAAAUGCCAUUUUCUCCUCAUUUCUGUGUGUUUUUUCACUGCAAUGCCCUCCAACCUUCUUGUUCUCUUUAAAUUUAAAAACACUUAUGUAGCAAGAUAGCAGUGUCUGAUAUCACCAUUUCAAUCUUUCAACUUGGGGAGAAACUGACUCCCCCCGCCCCCACUGUUAUUUAUAUCUGUCCAUAAAGAAUACAAUCACUGAAAACAUUUUUAAUCUCUGUGUCAUUCCUUUGAAUGCACAAAUUGUCAGCUUAUAAAAUAUUUUUAUCAAAUGUUUUAGUAUGAGUGUUCUAAGUGUGUUCUAGACACAGGCACAGCAUUUUAAUCUUUCCCCUCUUUUCCAUGGCUGUGGAAUUUGGCUGUAAUUAUUCAACGUUAUUGGCAGCUGGAUGUCUCUCUGGGAAUUGUUUUGUUUACUUAUCACACGCUCACUGAGGAAAUCCCCUGCAUCCUCUGGGGUAGAGCUGCCUGCAAGAUGACAGUGGGUGGAUGAUGAGUCCCUAAGAGAAGGGUCUCCUCCUAAACCAAGAUCAUCCACAUCAUCCCAGAAGAUGGUAUCACUGUGACAGCUUAUCCGGAGUAUCCCUGCCCCUGAUGCCACCUGCUUCAUCACUUGUUGGAUUUGCUCAUCCCUGAGUGGAUGAAACCAGAUGUGCUCUGUGGCUGCCAGUUAUACCCAUCAUCCUGCACUUUUGUAAUUUGGAAAACAAUGUCUAGACCUAGCAUGACAUGAAGGCUUUCCUGGUGAAUCUAGUCUGAAGUUAAACUGCUACAUCAAACCAUUGUGCCUGCAGUUGUGACUGCACUUACAGGUUGGACACAAUGCAACACUUGGUACAUACACACUGAAAUGUAAAUAAAAACUAAAAUCCUU